ACGCCGCAGCACGGCAGCAGCAACCAGCAAUCCACGCAGACCUCUAUUCUUCCGCACUCGCGCGCCGCGUAAACGCGGCAACUCGGGGUGCCGCCUGCCAACAUGAAAAGGCUUCUUUUCGCCGCCGUCUGCGCCCUCCUCGUCCUGUUCAACGCAGCUGGUCGUGUGGAGUGCCGGCGCCAUGGCGACAGCGGCGACUCCGCCCGGCAGUACAAGCUGUUCGUGUUCGGCGACGACUACGCCGACACCGGAAACUACCCGCUAGCAGAUUUGUCCAAGACGACGCGUGCCUGGUACUACCCGUACGGCAGCAAUGACAAGGACCACGGCAUGAGCGCAAGCGGCCGCUUCUCCAACGGCUUGGUACUACCUGAUUUCAUCGCGAGGAUUCUAGGGCGGGAGGAGUCUCCUCCGGCGGAAAGCAAGAGGGACCAGGACGGGGUGGACCCGUUCGGCAUGAACUUCGCCGUGGGCGGCGCCGGCGUCGUGGUGGGGACGCGCGAGGCGCCCAAGCUCGGCACCCAGGUCGACAAGUUCAAGAGGCUGGUCCGGCACGGCAUCAUCGACAAGGACCUCACGGACUCCGUCGCGCUCGUCGCCUUCUCCGGCCGACGCGACUACGCGCGCGUCAACGACGACAUGACCAGCGCCGAGAUGAUCAACGCCAUGGCGCAAGACGUGACGGACGCGAUCGCCGACGCCGUGGAGCACCUGACGGGCCUGGGCGUGGAGAAGGUGCUGGUGACCACGCUGCCCCCGAUCGGCUGCACGCCGUGGCUGUCGAGGUCCAGCGACUACAGCUCCUGCGACGGCCAGAUGGUCGCGAGCGUCCACAACGCGUACCUCGAAGAGAAGGUGUUCAAGGACGCGGCCGUCCUCAACCUCGACCUCAACACGAUGUUCAGGCGCCUCACCUCCGGUUCCGGCUCGUCCCAGUCGUCGAAGAGGUUCAACAAGCACAGGCUGGAGCCGUGCUGCGAGGUCUUCGACCGGACUGACUACUGCGGCCGGAUGGACGACGGCGCCGCCGCGUACAGCCUGUGCUCCGCGCCGGACAAGUACUUCUACUGGGACGAAAUCAACCCGACGCAUGCCGGCUGGAAGGCCGUCGUGAAUGAGCUCGAGGAGUCCAUCAAAAACUUUCUAUAGGUUUAUUAGCAGUGACAUCCAUCGGUCGUUAAACAUGCGGGUGCUUUAUUAGCAGUGACUGUUAAUCGUUAUAGGUUCUUAAUUAAUUGAUUAGUUUCAGUCGAGUCUGUUCAAUAGGUUUAGUUUUAGGUCAUGGGAGUGUUACCGUUCUAUAAUCUAUAUAAUGCUUAGAUUUUAAUUGGUUGUUAGUGAA